AGCGUCCAGAAAAAGCGCUGAGCAACUAGAAGAGAUGUGGAGCAAGACAGACGGGCAUCACUCAGCACAAACAGUUUGCUGUCGAAUCUGUGGGAAAGAGUCUGUGUGCAGUCCAAACGUGGAAAAGAAGAGCGCAUGGUGGAACUAGCUGGCUUCACGUUCGUUUGGAGUCACAAAGAGUCACUCCUGAAGACAUGUUAAGGAUGGCUCAUUUGAUGUGUUUUAGGAAGUGCAAAACUGGUUUCGAUUCAUGGGCUGGAUGAGGAACGAGACGGUAUAUUCCCUUUGCAGUUCUGGCAGACCUUAAGACCACCUGGAAAUCAAUGGAGAGCCAAAGGAAUCGUUCUGGGGAGCCUCUCUGAGACUGCGGUGGUAAAUUGACCAAUGAUUCUUCUGAACGGAUGCACCUCUAGACACAGCUCUUGUGAAAGGUGGCCAAGAUCAGGUCUGACUUGUAUCUCAGUGUCAUCUCUCCUAAGACUAUAAUUUGAUUCCAAGCCAUGCAAUUCAGAAACGUCAGUACACUUGAAAACAGAAGCAAUGGGACAGCAGCUCCUGAUCAUGUCAAGAUCAUUGUGUGGACCCACAUAUGCAUAGCUUUUGUGUCGGCUGUAGUGGGCUUAAUACUCAGCAUAACUGGACACAGAGCAAGAAGAGUCUCAAUGCUGCUCUUGGGAUGGAUUUUUCUGCUUUCUGCAUUGUUAUUUAGUGUUGUGGCAUUUGGGGUUUCCGUAGAGUACUGCUUUUGACCUGGUUGCAGAGUACAUACUCUCAGCUGACAGAUCUUCUGAGGGUGCACACGUAGAGAGAGAGCCAUGAGCCCCAUGAACAGGACUCAAGCUGACCUAAGAAUCUCGAUUCGCACAAGUCACUCUGGACACAAAGGCUUGAACUCUGUAACACCAAAGGGAGGGUUAUUUUUGAAAAGAUAGGGGCAUUGCCGAUUUUCUUUUUGACAGAUAUGAGCUUAAUUUACUUUAUUUUUCAAUAAAUAGCCAUCUUUCUAUGAAUUAAUUGCAUUCGGUUUAUUGUAUGCCUCUACUGAUUUUCGUACAGAGAUUUCUCGAGCAGGCGGUACAGGCAAUAAAAGUCCUGAUUUGUGAGCUCCAGCGUUACAGGCAUCGCAGCGGCACGCCUGAUGACGUCAUAAACUGCGCCGAAAGCCUCUGAUCGUAGGGUCUUCUCUCGCUCCCAGUUAAAAAUGGCGACGUCUGCAAGCUUGUUAUUGUUGUCGCUUGUGCAGAAGAAAAAGUGUUAGGAACAGGAGGCUGACAAAACAAGGUUCGGUUCCUGAAGGGCGGGUAUGAAAGUGGUAGGGAAAGAGGAUGCUGAGAUCCACCGGCUUCUUCCGAGGGAUUGACUGCCCUUUUAUCGCAAACACCGCGAACGACAGUAACGAGAAAAGCAGCGGACGGCGGUGCAAUAGACCGUACUGUCACUUCAGACACAGCAAGCCGAGGAGGGCGUCUUACAACGCCAACAAGCCGGAGCCCAAGGAGCUGAGCUUCAAAGAAAACGAACAAGGCUAUGAUCCAUACAAUCCUGAGGUAGUGAGGCCAGCAGGGCAGAAUGGAGAUCCAACAGAGCACUCUGGACCGCUGGAUCCUGGUUUCCUGGAGCUGGAGCUGGUCAACAAGGCCAUCGAAGCUGUCAAGAGUGAAGUGGAGCGUGAGCAGAAGAAGCUCUCGCGCUUUGAGGACCAAGAGUAUGACCCCAUGGCCAGGGUCAAAGGGCACAAGGCUGCUUCAAAGGACCCCUAUAGCUCCCUUGAGUAUGACCCCAGUAGCUAUCAGAUCAUCUCCGCGGGAGACUACAACCCCACCCCACGCUCCAGGAAGUACACUCUGGACUCGGACAGCAAGAGUUUGGGAAACUCUCUGGAAUACGUGCCCACUGCUGUUUCCAAGGCCGCCAUCAAAAAACCUGCUCAUCCUCCCCCAGCUCGGCAGAAAUACACUCUAGAUGGCUGUAAACCUUCAACGGAUUUAGAGUAUGAUCCCAUGUCCAAUUACUCAGCCCGACCCUUGAAUAAAAAGAGCUCCUUGGACAAGAAGGGACGCAAGAGGCACCAAAAGGCAGGAAAAGCAGAGGAGGGUUACAUGCCAGCCAUGAAGAAACCUAGGCAGAAAACAGAUUCCCAGACGUAUAGCGCAAGCCCAACCUUUUCGGAUUCGGAUGACGAAAACGGGGACGAGUAUCAUCCCAGUCCCAUCAGCAGGCUGCAGGGUGGCAGCUUCCCCCACAGAAAAGCAGAGGAAGAGGGGACGGGCUUCAGCCGGGUGGGGGCGAAGAAGGAGGUUUCCGAAGUGCCCGACAGCGAGGACUCUGAGUGCACGGACCCGGGCUGGACCGAGGAGAAAGGAGGAGAGGAGCAGCCUGCCCGCAGAGCUCUGGAGAAGAAAAGCGCUAAAACUGAGAGAGCCCCGGGUGGGGAGAGGGGCUCCAGAAAGAACUGCCUGAAGGACAAGGGAGGGAAGAAAGCAGAGGAGGGCAAGACGACUAACAAGGAGGCGCCCAAGAAGGAGAGAAGCGAUGGGAAGAAAGCAGACGAGCGCGAUAAAGCGAAGGAGAAGAGCACCAAGGACAUCAAGAAGAGCAAAAGCGAGGGAAGCGGUGGGAAGGCGGAGAAGCGCAGGGCGGAGGCGGGGAAGGCGGAUCAAGCACGGGGCGAUGGCGGCCUGAAGAAGGGCAAGUCUGUGGACAGAGCGGACGCGAGCAGGAAGGACUCCAAGGACCCCGGCAAGCUGAAAUCAAAGGAGCUGAGAAAUGGGAAGCUGGAGAGCAGGGACAGGGAGAGGAAAGCGGGCAGCAGAGAGAAAGUGAAGCCGCCGACCGCCAAGGCGAAGCAGCGGACGCUGAGCCACGUGGACCUGUUCGGGGACGAGAGCGGGGAGGAAGGCAACCCCGGCGGCAGCAGGGCACGGGGGGCCGCGGCGGAGGGGCGGCGCAGCUCCAAGAGAAGGGCGUCCGAGUUCUCCUCCUCUUCGUCAUCCGAGGACGAGGCGCAGGAAGACGACGUCCUCUUGGAAGACUUGGACCUUUCUGGUCAGCAGAUGGACUUGGACUGCGAGUCGGACCCCAUGGAAGAGUGCCUGAGGAUAUUCAACGAGUCCACGGACGUCAAAAUGGAGGACAAGGGGAGACAGGGCAAGCAGGUCCCUAAAGAGCCAGCAGAGGAUGGAGGCACAGACGGCACUUUAACAACCCUCUUCCCGGGACAGAAGAAGAGAGUUUCGCACUUUGUGACCAAAGGAGACGCUGAGGUGACCCCCAGACCAGUGAUUAGACCAUACAGGAGGCCCACAGCCCAGGAGAUCUGCUACCAGCGCAUGCAGAUUGCACAGCAGCAGGCAGCACAGCUGGCGGCAGCUGUCAAAACGGCCGGGGCCAUGCCCGGGUACCCGGGGGAGAAGAAGAGAGUCGCUCACCGGCCUAGCCCCUCUACCCUGGCAGCCAAGCUGGGUCCUGUGGAAGGCAAGAAGACUGGCAGUAACGCGGCCUCCCCCAGCAGGUCGGGCCCGAGCUCCCUGCCGGUGAAGGCGCACACCUCCGCCGCCAUCCUUUCCAAGACCUGCUCCACCACGGCGCAGAGGCGGAUGGCGCACACCCCCAGCUUGAAGAGCUCCACCUUGAAGAGGCCAGUCAUUCCGACGGAGUUUGGAGCCAAAGUCCCCACCAACGUCCGCCAGAGAUACCUCAACAUCUUCAUAGACGAGUGCAUCAAGUUCUGCUCCACAGAGGAGGAGGCUUUCGAAAAGGCUCUGGUGGAGGAGAAGGUGGUGUAUGACAGGAGCAGCAGUCGCAAUAUCUACUUGAACGUGGCCGUCAACACGCUGAAAAAACUCAGGAGUCAAAGCAAUACCCCGAUAUCGCCUACAACCAAGAGUCCCAGUGGAGGAAGCAACAAGAAGAGUCUUUCCCAUGAGGAGAUGCUGGGUGGCAGACUGGCAGCAAAGACCAGUUACACCAUCAAGAGAUCAGGAAAACAGCCAGAGGAAGAGCUGACAGGUUCAGUGCUGUACAGGAAGAUGAAGGAGUACCUCAUGACGCAGGAGCAGCUGCAGGAGCACGGCUACCCCUGCUCGCACCCGGACAAGCCUGGCCGGGCAGUGGUCUGCGGUGUGGCCGAAAAGAAGACUGCGGACCCCUUUACCAAGGUGUGCUGCCGCUGUGGGACGGAGUACAUGGUCACUCUGUCAGGGAGCUGCGUCCGCAGGGAGGAGUGCCACCACCACUGGGGCAGACUGCGCCGGCAGAGAGUGCCUGGCGGGUGGGAGACACAGUACAGCUGCUGCUCGGGGUCUGUAGGCUCUCCAGGCUGCCAGGUUGCCAAGCAACACGUGCAGGAUGGGCGGAAGGAGAACCUGGAAGGGUUCGUGAAGACCUUCAGCAAGCCGAUGCCCCCUGAUGGCUAUCCAGGGAUGUACGCUCUGGACUGCGAGAUGUGCUAUACGAAGCAGGGUCUGGAGCUGACCAGGGUGACAGUCAUAGACUCGGAGCUGAAGGUCGUCUAUGACACCUUCGUCAAGCCUGACAGCAAAGUUGUGGACUACAACACACGGUUUUCGGGGGUGACAGAAGAAGACCUGGAGAACACCACCACCACCAUUCGGGACGUGCAGGCGGUGCUGCUCAGCAUGUUCAGCGCAGACUCCAUCCUCAUUGGGCACAGCCUGGAGAGCGAUCUGUUUGCACUGAAGUUGCUCCACAGCACCGUCAUCGACACGGCCAUAGUCUUCCCUCACCGCCUGGGUCUGCCAUACAAGCGCGCGCUGCGCAGCCUCAUGGCUGACCACCUCAAGCGCAUCAUCCAGGACAACGUGGAAGGACACGACUCCAGUGAGGACGCCAGCGCCUGCAUGGAGCUGAUGAUCUGGAAGAUCAGGGAGGACGCCAAGGUGAAGAGAUGACCCGGGCCGGGGCCUGCGUAGCGGCGAAGCGCGUGCUCGGGCGCGGACAUGAGGGGGCGGGAGACCUUCCAGCUGCUGCUGGAGGGGCACUCGAGAGACCAGCCGGGAAGGAGAGGGCCCCCCCUCCCACAGGGACGGAGCGAGGCAGCAGGAACUGCGCGUCCAUGGGGCAGCGUCCCCAGCUGGAUGGAGCAGCCAAGUUUAACGGCCGGCUUGGGGCUGGCAUCCUGAACGACUGGGUUAGAGACAGAGUUUUCUUUAAUUCUGAUCAUGAUCAGCACUAUUAACUUUAUUUUUCUCCCGCGGUUCCCAGCUGCUCGCAUUUCUAACCUUGUAUGUGUACAGUACGUAGGUCACGUUGUGCUUUUUCCCCACAUUCAAAAUAGACAAUGCAAGUGCUUCUGGUAGCCUAGUCAGCCAGGGCAGGGGAAUUCUGGGAAGACCGUUGGAAGUAUCCCUAACUGGGCAAAGUGUAUAAGUUUGCAAAAAAGAAACCUUGCAGUAAAAAGUUGUUUUUGGAGUUUGGUGCCUUGAAUGGAAAAACGUUGUAGCAAUUCAAGUAAAAUGAUUAUGCCAUAACACACCACAGAUCCAGCCUAGCAUGCAGAGCUAGUUCAGCAUCAUGCUCUAAACACGGUGAAUAGCAAGAGGGGUUGCCAGUGCUUGCUCUGGGGAUCGUCCCAGCAGAGCUCUGCUAUGUGAUUGAGUCCUUAGUUGAUCUCAGGGAUAGGGUUCACAUGAACCGUUUUCAGUUUAACGCGUUGGAGGUUGGAAUUUAACUGGUGCUUUUAAUAAGUUCACCUUGAGAUCUCCAAAUUCUGCAUCAGGUGUCCCGUCAAUUAAGGAAAACCGGUCCUCUGAGGAAAUAAGACGGCUUGUGCGGAGCUGCCAGGACUGGGGCUGGGGCUCCUCACCGGACACGCCUCACCCUCUGAAGUGCUCUCUUGUUACACCCGUUUUAAAAGUCUCCAGACUUGAUAGUUUUUCACUGGACGUUAAAUAAUUGACCUGUGCUUUUUGUUUAUGAAAAGAUCUGAUUUAAAUGAACCUUUUUCCUGUAAAGCCUUCACUCAGCAGGAGAUCCUGGCUGUUUUGUGAAAUUUCUAUCUUUAUUAAUGUGCUGAAUGUAUGAAGAAUGGAGGCACUAAGUGAACUGUGCUGUAAAGCCUACGUUAAUAAACCAAAUAUGGGAGA